AUGGAAAGCCGAAGCGCAAUGCUGGGAAUGUCUGGCCUUGCAGCCCCGAUUGCACUUCCUCCUAACUCUGCCCCCGCCGCACUUCGCCCUCCGACGCUUCUUCCUCUGAAGCGCCAUUCGCGGCCCCCCGCUACGUCAUGUUCCGCCGGAGGAUCUGCGCGAGGUGCCGCGGCAGGGGCCAGCCGGGGCGCCGGUGCCGCCGGGAGCACCGCUAGCAGCGCGAGUGACACGCACCGCAGCCGUAGCGGCAGCAGCGGUGGCAACAGCGGCAGCGGGAGCGACAACCGCAACGGGUCGUCGUCGUCAUCGGUGCCGUCGCCGUUCGCGUUCGUGGGGUUGGACUACUAUCAGAUCCUCGGCGUGCCCGUCGGUGCGCCCCCCGCCGACAUCCGCCGCGCGUACCGCGCGCUGCAGAAGAAGUACCACCCCGACAUCGCGGGCGCUCAGGCGCACGAGCUGGCGUUGAAGUUGAACGAGGCGUACGACACGCUCAUGGACGACACGCGCCGCGCGUCGUACGAGAAGGAGUGGCGCGACGCGGCCGUGGCGGGGUACGCGGGGUUCACGGGGCAGCCGCGCAGCGCGUGGGCGGCGCCGGAGGGGCAGCAGCAGGCGAUCUUCGUCGACGAGGCAGCUUGCAUUGGCUGUCGCGAGUGCGUGUUCGCCGCCAGUCGCACGUUCCACUUUGACGCCGAGGCAGCCGUGGCGCGCGUGCACACACAGUGGGGCGACGCGCUGCCCGCCGUCCAAUCAGCCAUCGACAGCUGCCCCGUCAGCUGCAUCCACACGGUGCCACGUGGCGACCUGCCCAUCCUCGAAUUCCUCGUGCAGCCGCGGGAGAGGGAGAGCAAGGGCAUCUUUGGGGGCGGCUGGGAGCCUGGGCACCCAAUCAAUAUUUUUGCCGCUGCCCGCGAGUUCAAGCGCAAGCUAGAGAGCCAGCAGGAGGGGGCGGAGCGCCGGCGGGCAGCCACGUCAGCAGCAGAGCAGGAGACGCCAGCUCAGCGUGCCGCCCGUCAGGAGGCAGACGCAAGGAUGAACGGGUUGGGCGGCGGGUUUUGGCAGAAGUGGGCGCAGGCAUGGGGGGCGUGGGGAGGCCCUGGGGGGGAGGCAGGCGCGGAUGGGAGGGAGGGGAAUUCUCAGUGGGCCAGGGCGAAUGCAGCUAAAAGCACUGCUGGCAGCAAUGAGAACAGCAGAGAGGGUAGCAGUGAGGGUAGCAGUGAGGGUAGCAGUGAGGGUAGCAGUGAGGGUAGCAGUGAGGGUAGCAGUGAGGGUAGAAGGCAGGGAAGGGGGGGAAAGGGCGAGGAAGGAGGGAAGGGAGGAGGGGGUGGUGGAGGUGGAGGAGGAAAGGAAGGGAAGAAGGGGGGGUGGUUCCCGUGGCAUGCAAUGCUGGGCACGGCAGCAUCAUCGGAGAUUCUCAGGCAGCCGGCCGGGGAGGGCAACAAAGAGGAGCUCGUAGCAUUCAUCCAGCAGUGGGCUACGCUCUGGUCUUUUUCCUCCGAGCUGCCCCUUCCUCUGCCUGUCCGUGUCGACAACCAAUCGGAUGGCACCGAGCUGACGCUGAUCACCAUGCGCGGUGAUCUACUCACAUCCGUCGGAUCGUUUGUCAUCACUGUGGAGCCGUUGGAUGCUGAUGCUGGUGGUGAAAAUGCUGGUGAUGAUGGUGAUGGCGGUAAUGGCGGUGGUGGUGGGGAGGGGGAGUGGGUGGUGGCGGUGAGGAGAAAGGGAGCCAUAGACAACAAAGCUUUGCCAGGAGAGGGCACCAUAGUGAAGGCACUGAGAGGAGCACUGGAGAGGCAUGAUAGCAUGAAGGGGUAUGAGGCGUACCAUCUCCCUAGGAGUAGCAAGACCAUGCAGUAG